CUGUCUGUCUGUCUGCAGGGCUGGCGCACCAAACAGCUGCGAGGAAGAUGUCAGUGUGUUUAGUGAGUGGAUUACUUCUCCUCUUCGCUGGGGUCUGUGUGCGCGGCUCUCCCACCUUACCUGCUGCCCAAGAGGGGCUGGUGUCGGACUGCCCGUCUUGCUCCCUGCCCAGGCUGCAGGAGACCGCCCCCAGCGCCGAGAGUCAGCUGGUGGAAGCCGUCAAGGAGCACAUCUUGAACAUGCUGCACUUGAAGGAGAGACCCAACAUCACCCACCCGGUGCCCAGAGCCGCUCUGCUGAACGCCCUGAAGAACCUGCACGUCGGCAAAGUGCGAGACGACGGCAACGUGGAGAUCGAGGAGGAAGCGUCCAGCGGACAAGCGCUCCGCGAGCCCGAGCAAACCUCGGAAAUCAUCAGCUUCGCAGAAGCAGGUCCGACCCAGGAUGUUGUGCACUUUCAGAUCGCGAUGGAAGGCGGCCGCGACCUGACCCUGGUGGACCAAGCCAACAUCUGGCUCUACCUGAAACUCUCCAACAAAACCAACCGGAGCAGGAGCAAGGUCACAGUCAGGCUGUACCAGGCUGGGCAAGGUCAGGACGGGCAAGCCCUCGUCUCCGAGAAGCAGGUGGACAUCAAGAGGAGCGGCUGGCACACCAUCCCGGUGUCCAGGAGCGCACAGGCCACGCUCGGCACCCAGGAGAGGUCUCUGGAGCUCAGGGUGACCUGCGAGCAGUGCCCGGAGGCGGGGGUCCGCCCUGUGCUGGCGGAGCCCACCGACAAGGAGGAGUCGCACCGGCCCUUCCUGAUGCUCCUGGUGCGGGAAGUGCAGGAGCACACGCACCGCAUCCGCAAGCGGGGGCUGGAGUGCGACGGCAAGAUCAACAUCUGCUGCAGGAAACAGUUUUACGUGAAUUUCCGCGACAUCGGCUGGAGUGACUGGAUCAUUGCACCGAUCGGCUACUACGGCAACUACUGCGAGGGCGAGUGUCCGAGUCACAUCGCGGGCACCUCGGGCUCCUCACUCUCCUUCCACUCGGCCGUCAUCAACCACUACAGGAUCCGGGGCUACAGCCCGUUCAACAACAUCAAGUCGUGCUGCGUGCCCACCAAACUGCGAGCCAUGUCCAUGCUCUACUACGACGACGAGCACAACAUCGUGAAAAAGGACAUCCAGAACAUGAUAGCGGAGGAGUGUGGCUGCUCGUAAGGAAGCCGCGGCAAAAAAAAGAAAACAAAAAUAAGGCGGCUUGUGAAGCCUGCGCGU